AUGGAUAAGGCUUUUGAUAAUGUGAGGUGGAGCUCUUUAUUGAGAAUUCUUGAGAAGCAUGGUUUUGGUAGAAAAUGGAUAUCUUGGAUUAGGUGGUGUAUUUCAAUAUCUCAUUUUUCAGUUCUUGUGAAUGGGAGUUCCACAGAGAAAUUCAAACCAUCUAAAGGAUUAAGGCAAGGUGAUUCUCUUUCACCUUUUUUAUUUUUACUUGCGGUGGAGAUUUUGUCAAAGUUAAUUGAUGAUGUUGUUAGGAGGGAUCAAUUGAAAGGUUUUCAGGUGGUUGAAGGUGGGAUCAACAUUUCUCAUUUACAAUUUGCUGAUGACACCUUAUUGUUUGUGAUUGCUAAUGAGGAGGAGGGUGUGAAGAAUCUGAAAUGUACAAGUCAAGCUCUUAAAGCUAAAUGGGUAUGGAGAUAUGCAACUGAGAAGAAAGAUUUAUGGAGGAGGGUAGUGCAACAAAAGCUAAAGAAUAAGGAGGAAGUUAGUCCACCAACUAAUGAUGAUACUGCUACUGGGAGGAGUAAUUGGAAGAGUAUUCUCAAUAAUACUUCUUUUGUGGAUAAGGAGGUGAAAUUUAAGCUUAACAAUGGUAAAUCAAUAACGUUUUGGCUUGAUGAUUGGACUGCAACAGGUGCUUUGAAAGCAAGAUAUCCAGCAAUUUACAAGGCUUGUAGGAAUAAGAAUGCUUCAAUUGAUGACAUGAUUGAGAAUGGCAGAUUAACUUGUCAAGUGAGAAGAAGAUUGAAUUAG